UGCCAUUACGCGCUGCGUAGUGUACUAUUCUGUUUAGCAGGCCGCCAUUUUGGAUUCAUUUGCAGAAACCGCCGUUUGCACCGGGAGCUCUUACGUUCAACACGACCGACGGUUUAACUCGGAAUUUUUUCACCAGGAUGCCGAAAUCAAAGGAAGUGCUGUCUUCAACAUCCAGCAGUGAUUCAGAUAGUGAAGCUGACACGAAGCCCAAGCGGAAGAAGCAGAUGACGGAGAAACCGGCAAAGAAGCAGAAAAGCGGCGAGUCUUCAAAGACGUCCAGCGCGCCUAAGAGCGGCGGAGGCAGCAGCAAUAAAAAAGAUAACAUGUUCCAGAUAGGGAAGAUGAGGUACGUGAGCGUGCGCGAGUUCAAAGGGAAAGUCCUCAUCGAUAUCCGCGAGUACUGGACGGACCCGGAAGGCGAAAUAAAACCGGGAAAGAAAGGGAUUUCUCUGAACCCGGAGCAGUGGAACCAGCUGAAAGAGCAGAUCGAUGAUAUCGACGAUGCCUUGAGGAGAAUAUAAAGCCUGCUCACGGACCCGUCUGCUUCAUUCCUUCAUCUGGAUUUCACAUACUUUUUUUUUGAGUUCAAUUAAACAAUCCUGUAGUGUGACCAUUUUUCAGUUAGGUUUUAGAGUAACCGUUGUCGUAUUUUUCUAGUUCGUUGUGUUUUUAUUCUAAAGCAACUGAAAGGGUACACGUUGUCUUGGGUGGGUAUGGGUUUAACUUGUGCUCAAUUUUUUUUUUUACAAUAAAGACGAUUUUUAUGAA